GUAAAGACAGACUGAAAUUUCUUUUGGAGGAUUGUUGGAAACAUGUGUAUCAACUAAUUCUACAAAGUGCUUGACGUGAAAUAAAGUGCCCAGGAAUCUCGACACUAUAAUGCCUACAGCUGUCUGUACAAUCAUUCACCCUGGAACAGUUGCUAAAGCUGCUUGAAGGUGGAUAGAAUGACCUCAUGGUUUUGCACUUAGCUGGGACUAGAGUGACGUAAAAUAAGAGGAUAAAGUUUUAGAAAGGAAUAUAAAGGAACAAACAGUUGAUGGACAACAAUGCUCACCAUUGCAACAUUUCUUUCUGACAAAGGAAUUUAUAGGUUGAAGUAGGGAGGAUGAUCAUGCACCUAUGGAGAAACAGCUGUAGUGGUGCCAUAGAGUCAUCAACCCAUCAAAAGUAGCAGAAAGCAGCAUUUAUUAUUCUUUGUAAACAGUCCCUGAUCAACUUUAUUACUAUUGUUUAGUAAUAUGAUGAAUAAAUAGGAACAUCAAAGUCACUGAGACUAUAAUUUUUGAGGAUUAAGAAGCAUAAAUGGACUGUUUACCUGACCAUUCUUUAUCUUGUCUAUAUAUACUGUUACCCAGAGACUGAGGAUACCUGCCAUAUAGAUGUCUGAUUUUAGGAAUGUGAAGUAGAUCUCUUGUGUGUGAUCUAUGCUGAGGAUCCUCCCUGACAUCUUUAUUAAUUUAAAACUCUGCAACAGGAAAAAAUGAAGAUUGUUUUCUUGAGUGUGCUCCUCUGGGGGAGUGUCCUUAGUCUGGACUUUAAUUACCAUGACAAUGUGCGUCUCCAACAGUUCCUCCAGAACAUGUCUAGUACCUACCCCAACUUGACCAAGCUGUAUAGCAUUGGGAAAACUGUUGAAAACAUGGAUCUGUGGGUUAUUGCCAUUGGAAUAAAUCCAGAUAGACACGAGACACUGCGACCUCAUGUCAAAUAUGUAGGCAACAUGCAUGGGAACGAGGUUGUAAGUCGUGAGGUCCUGCUACAUCUAGUGGAAUACUAUCUGACGUCAUACGGCAACAACAACACAAUCACACACUUCCUCAAUAAUACUGUAGUCCAUAUCAUGCCCUCCAUGAAUCCAGAUGGUUUCAGUCAGGCAACUGUGGGGGACUGCUAUGGAAUUAUAGGGAGAAGUAACAAGAAUGGGUAUGAUUUGAACCGGAAUUUUCCAGACUAUUUUGCUGUAAAUACUGCCCCGAUCCAGCCAGAGACCUCCGCUGUAAUGAACUGGACUCAACAGAUACCAUUUGUCCUCUCAGCCAAUCUACAUGGAGGAACACUAGUUGCCAACUAUCCCUUUGAUAAUUACCCAAAUGCCAAUGGUAAUCCUAAAUAUGUGACUUCUCCAGAUGAUGAUGUAUUUAUUUCGAUAUCUAAGACGUAUUCCUACAAACACGGCAACAUGCACACAGCUAACCAUUGUGGGGACAAAUUCCCAGAAGGCAUAACCAAUGGUGCUUUGUGGUAUCCAGUCACUGGUGGUAUGCAGGACUGGAACUACAUGCAGGCAGGGUGUAUGGAAGUCACCCUUGAGAUCAGCUGCUGUAAAUACCCAGCAGCCACGACACUCCCAGGCUUCUGGAGUGACAACAAGCAGGCUUUGGUGGACUACCUCAUGAGAGUCCAUUCAGGUGUUAAAGGCAUAAUAUAUGAUGAAGAAGGAAAGGUAGUUCCAGCAGCAACCUUAAAAAUCAAAGGUCGUGAACUGGUAUCAUUUCGCUCCUCAAACUAUGGAGAAUAUUGGAGAAUUCUUCUGCCAGGCACUUAUGUUCUCCAGAUAUACAAUGGAGUAAACAGUACAGAGAAAAGUUUUGUUGUGACAAAUGGACAGGUCACCAGGCUUGAUGUCAGGUCCUGGGAGCCACGUGUUCUAUCCGGCAGUACCUCAUUAAAUCAGAACGGAUACAUUCCUGUUUUGCCAGUAUUGCUCAGUGCAUGUUAUCACCUGAUACACAUCAUAUUGUUCUAAGUGCCAUUAUAUAGUAAUAUUGCAGUUGUACCUUUAUAUUUUUACAGCAUUUUAUUUUCUUCUCUACCUCUUUAUAUGGCAAAACAAUGUGACAAAUAUAACAAGAAAUAUAUCUACAUGUAUAUAAGUGUGUAAUGUCUAUAUUAAUAAAUGUUCAAUUACCCAACUUAGUUAUAAAAACAUAGUACGUGUAUUUUAAAAGGGGGGAUUGUCAUCUUUGAAAAUAGAGGGGGAGGCUUUCUGCAAGAAGUCAAACUAUAGUGCCAUUGAUUUCACUCAUUUCAUUCACAUAUACCGGUGUCAUUUUCUCAAAUCAUAUGACUAUAAUAAAUGUUCAUGUGUUUAGGUUUUUAAAAUAAAUGUCUAAGAGAAAAGCACUUGAAAAACAAUUGUGUUAUGAGUGAAAGAUCAUUAAGCAGUAUAGCAGUAAUGGUGAAACAUAGAUGACCUUCACUGCACCAUCCCAUCAUGCAUAAAUGCAUAUAUGUGAUAAGGAAAAUUGCAUAUUAGCAAAAAUACAUAAUCAUAUAACAGCAAUAAUUCAUAGUUUUUUGUUUUUUUUUUUAAUGGGCAUAUGUCUCCUACAUGUUGCCAUUCAAAAAAAGGAAUGUAUUUACCAGUUAUUUGAAGUCUCUGCAUACAUAAAACAAUGGCAGUGAUUUUAUUUUCAUGUUUUUCAGUUUUUUGCUUCAAAACAAGAUCGUAUAAAUAUGACACAAGUUCCUCCACCCCCAACCUCACCCAAUUCCAUUUGCACCUGUUGUCCACUUCUACAAACUUGGCAUAUACACAUAUGGAUUUAUCACUUUAUAGUAUAUUAUAGUAUUCUCUAUCAAAUACCUCUUAUUUACUGGAGCCUGUAUACUACCCGAGUAAUUUCUUAUAGAGUUGAUAUGUAAUUUUAGUUCUUUUUUAUUUUUAAAAGUAGCUAUGUUUUACUUCUUGAUCUAAAUCAGACUAUACUAAGUUUUGCUGCCUUAGUAUUUUCUGUUCUAAAACAUGAAUUAAGACCUCUCAUGUAUAUUUUACAAGAAAUAUAGAUGUAUGACCAUUAUACAUGAAUUGUUGAUCUUUAUAUGAAAGUCAAACUUCGUAGCAUAAUUUUCCUGUCAUAUGAUAUAUAAAAUUUCAUUGCUGAAUAUAUGGUAUACUAUUAAUAAUUUACAUAUUAGAAGUAUGGUGCAUAAAGCCAAAUUGAAGUUGAACUUCUGUUACUUGAACACUUAUGUGUUUAUUACUAGGUAUAUUAUAUGAAAUUGAUUUAAUGGUCCUAAUCUUAAUGUAAAUUUUAUUUUAAACUUUGAUAUCUGAAUUCUUGCAUAUUAAAUUAAUAGCUAGGUAAAAUGUCAGAGUGAGUUAGUGAUCAGAACAUUCGUAUGAAUUUGAUUUUUAACUUUGAUAUCUGGGACUCUUGGAUAUCUAAGUUCCAAUAUGUACGUACUGGAUAUUGAGGAUUAAUUAACUGUAGGUUUCUUUCCUUUUUUUAUUCUUCAAGUGCCUUUCAAAAUGUAUGUUUAAAUUAGUAUGUUUAAUAAAUGAACAAUUGAUGAA